AGCUUCUCGAUUUGGGGGACUCUUCAUUUUCCCAAAUCAAAGUGAACAACUUUCAUCUCCAAAACAUCCCAUUUCUUGAUUUCCCUCCGUUGUUUGUCACAAACCCAACAAAGUAGACCAAAACCCUAAAACGAAACCUCCCAUGGCGAUUAUCUCUGAGGUAGAAGAAGAAAGCAGCAGCAGCCGACCCAGGAUGUUGCCGUUUAGGGCAGUACUCGAUUCUUCAAACCCAUUAGGGUUUUUGGAGAAAGUUUUCGACUUUCUUGGAGAACAGAGCGAUUUUCUCAAGAAACCCUCCGCGGAGCAUGAGAUCGCCGUCGCGGUUAGGGCAGCGAAGGAGAAGUUGAAGAAGAAAGCUGAGAAAGAGAUUGUUAAGCCUGUGGAGAAGAAAGCUGAGAAGGAGACUGUUAAGCCUGUGGAGAGGAAGGUAGAGAAGGAGAGUGUUAAGCCUGUGGAGAAGGAGAGUGUCAAGCCGACUGUGGCUACUUCAAGUGCUGAGCCUAUGGAAGUGGAGAAGCCUAAGGAGGAGGAGAAGAAGGAAUCUGGUCCCAUUGUUCCUAACCAAGGUAAUGGAACUGAUCUUGAGAACUACUCAUGGGUCCAGAAUCUCCAGGAGGUCACAGUUAACAUUCCAGUGCCUACUGGGACUAAAGCACGGUCUGUUGUAUGUGAGAUUAAGAAGAACCGUCUCAAGGUUGGUCUCAAAGGCCAAAAUCCAAUCAUCGAUGGAGAUCUCUAUCGAUCUGUGAAGCCUGAUGACUGCUACUGGAAUAUCGAGGAUCAAAAGAUGAUUUCGAUUCUGUUGACUAAGCAUGAUCAGAUGGAAUGGUGGAAAUGCUGUGUGAAAGGCGAACCUGAAAUCGAUACUCAGAAAGUUGAACCAGAGACCAGUAAAUUAGGUGACCUUGACCCAGAAACUCGCCAGACUGUUGAGAAAAUGAUGUUCGAUCAAAGGCAAAAGCAAAUGGGUCUUCCAACAAGCGACGAGCUACAGAAGCAAGAGAUUCUCAAGAAAUUCAUGUCUGAGCAUCCAGAGAUGGACUUCUCAAACGCAAAGUUUAACUGAUGCUCGUAUCGUCUGGUCUCCCUGCCAAAAAAAGAAAAACCAUUUUUGCAUCUUCACCAACUUGUUUUACGUUGCUUCUUAAAAACUUGUUACUUUCGUAUGGUCUCAUCUCUAAAACUCGUUCGGUUUGUCCCUAGGUUUAUGGUUUUGUGGUUUUUGGUGGAUUGAAACUUUUUCAAAAACCGGUUUUCACGAAUUCAUAUGAGUCGGUUCUUUAAACUA